AUGAGCGGCGAUAAGAUGGAUGUCGAGAUUGCUGAGCAAAAGAUGAACUCUAUGGAGCAUAGCGAGCAGCAUUACUUCAAGAGCUAUGAUCACCAUGGUAUCCACGAGGAGAUGUUGAAAGAUGAGGUCCGCACACGAUCGUACAUGAACGCCAUUAUGCAAAACAAGCACAUUUUCAAGGACAAGGUGGUUCUUGAUGUUGGCUGUGGUACGGCCAUUCUCUCAAUGUUCGCGGCCAAGGCUGGCGCCAAACAUGUUAUUGGUGUGGAUAUGUCCACAAUCAUCUUCAAGGCCCGUGAGAUCGUCAAGGUUAACGGUCUUUCCGACAAGAUCACCCUUCUCCAAGGCAAGAUGGAGGAGGUCGAGUUGCCUUUCCCCAAGGUUGAUAUCAUCAUCUCAGAGUGGAUGGGCUACUUCCUUCUAUACGAGUCCAUGCUCGACACCGUUCUUUAUGCCCGAGACACUUAUCUCCAGAAGGAUGGCUUGAUCUUCCCCGACAAGGCCACUAUCUUCUUCGCUGGUAUUGAGGACGGCGAUUACAAGGAGGACAAGAUUGAGUUCUGGAACGAUGUUUAUGGCUUCGACUACACCCCCCUCAAGGCCACUGCUCUCUCCGAGCCCCUCGUUGAUACCGUCGAGGUCAAGGCCGCUGUCACCGAGCCCACUGCCGUCCUCACGCUCGAUCUUUACAAGUGCACCACGGAUGAUUUGGCUUUCAAUGUUCCCUUCAAGCUCUCCGUUACCCGCGAUGACUUCGUCCACGCCCUGGUCUCGUGGUUCGAUAUCGACUUCACCGCCUGCCACAAGCCCAUCCGCUUCUCCACUGGCCCACAUACCAAGUACACCCACUGGAAGCAGACCGUCUUCUACUUCGAGGAUGUUCUCACCGUCCAGCACGGCGAGCAGAUUGCUCUCAACCUUGAUGUCCGACCCAACUCCAAGAACAGACGCGAUCUUGACAUCAAGAUCUCCUACGAGUUGGAAACCGAAGAUGCUAACCGUGCCUCCAAGGGUGCGCUUGAGUACCGCAUGUGCUAA